AUGAAGGGCGUCAAGAUUUUGUUUACGAUAUGUCUCAUCGUGACCAGUGUGAGAGGCAAGUCAGAACACAAGAGGUCACUCAUUUUUCCCCCUACAAGUCUUUAUGGGACUUUCCUCGCCAUAGCCGUACCCAUCGAUAUACCCAAUAAGAACGUCUUCGUGUCCUACAACUUCGAGUCCAACUACAGCACCCUGAAUAACAUUACUGAAAUCGAUGAAGUAUUGUUCCCUAAUCUACCAGUGGUAACAUCACGUCAAAGUCGCAGUAUAUCACGAGAGCUGACUUACACCAUCUUGGAGAAUAGGUUUCAAGAAUACGGUAUGAAGGGCAGAGAGUGCAUGUUACGAAACAUUUGUGAAGCAGCUGAGACUCCAUUACACCACAACGGCAUCCUUGGCCAUAUCCUACACAUUAUAUUCACCCCCUCAUCAUCUCAAGAAGAAGGAAUAGAAGAUGAGUAUUAUGAAGCCGAGGCGGAUGGCCACCGCGGUGACUGCGACAAGUAUGUGGAGGACUGUCCUACUAGCCUGUUCGAUUACAUCACCAGGCUCGUCGAAUUCACUCACAGUAAACAAUAA